AUGAUCUCAGGCGAGAUAAUCUCCGACGCCAAGCUACUGGAGGAAGUGUCCACCUUCUUGAACGAGACUGAUCUGGUUUUGGCACGAACAUCGCGAGAUGGUGGUGCCUCCGGUACAAGCCUUUGUGAAUCAUGGUUUCCCAUGAAUGGUAACAGCGACGACGAACGCACCACCAGCUCAAGUAACACGACGGUUAACACAGCCAAGUCUAACCGGAAAAUGGGUCAGAAGAAGGAGGCACUUCGAAGACAACGGUACCAACGGCGGCUCAGACAAGAACGAGAGACUUUGAGACGAAUGGAGAAGAGCCUCACGGCCCGAUUGGUGCAAGUUAAAGAGGCAUACGAAGCCAGGGAUUGUUCAGUUGAAGCCAGAGAUGGUCAAAUCAACUGGCUUUUGAGAGACGUUGCUAAACAGAAACGUGCAGAGCGAUUUCGAGCGGAAGAAGAGCAAAAACAACUAGUGGAGAUCAUCACUUCACAAGCCACCUACCUGUCGACUCUGAGAGAUAUGAUAACUGACCAAUAUGCAACUACCUUCGGCUUAUGA